AUGGCAGAAAAACCGCACUACACGCGUCACAACUGGAGUCAUGGUGGCUCCUCGAAAGACGACAUCCAAGAUGAACCAGAUUGGGUCAAGACCCAUAACCAUCGAAUCGGAUUUCGCGACAGCAAUGAUCGGCAUCCGGGCUUCACACACAUUGGAGAUGACUGGAAUACGGAGCAGGGCCAGGGCUUCUUAGCCCAGGCGAAGAACGAAGCGGAUGAGCUUCAUAAGGAGCUGGAGGACAACGAUCUGACUAAUGUCCGCGAGUUCAUGACCAAGGAAGAAGACUAUCACUUGAGGUUCCCUCAGAAUCACCCCCGGGGCUGGCGCUACAUGCUUCGCACCACGGAAGACUUCAUCAAGUACAAGCAGGACUGGCCUAUCAACGUGAAGAGACGUCAGCAGGAGGGAGAAGAUAAGAAGAGAAAACAGAAGCCAGAGGAAGAUGACGACCAGAAGCCAAAGAACGAACAUGAGUGGCGCCGGGGUCGCGGAGAGAAUGAGACACAUAACGAGGCACAUGCCAUCGGUCGGAAAAAUCCUGAUAAAGACGGCCAAGGAGGAAAGAAUGAUGCGAAAGGCGAUCAACAGGGCAAGUACUCGCCACAGGAGCUAUCUUUGUUGCGCCUGCUACAAAUCGAGAACAAGUACAUGAAGACACUGAAAGAAAACGAUGGCAAGGUCAUGUCGCCAGUCGAUCUAGCGGAAGAGCAGAACAUGUCCAUUGACGAGGCCGAUCAAUUUACUCCCGACAAUUGGAUCGCCCGAUCUUCCCACCUCAUCCGUCUAACGGGCAAGCAUCCGCUCAAUAGCGAGCCUGAACUGACAGCCCUCUACGGGGCAGGCCUCAUCACUCCAAAUUUACUGCAUUACGUUCGCAACCAUGGCCCUGUGCCCCAUUUGCUGUGGGAAACCCACACGGUUGAUGUCGAAAACGGCAAACUGGUCUUAUCGAUGGAUGACGUUAAACACGGGUUUGAGACUAUCAACAUUGCAGUGGCUUUGGCCUGCGACGGCAACCGGCGGAAAGAACUGAACAUGAUCCGGCGGUCGAAAGGAUUCAAUUGGGGCGCUGGAGCCAUUAGCUGCGCUUACUGGAAAGGGCCUCUCCUACGGGACGUGCUUCAUGCCGCUGGCGUUGAAGGCUUCGAUAAUGGUCGUCGUUGGGUCCAUUUCGAAGGCGCAGAUGAGCUCAGCGAAGGCAAGUAUGCGACUUCAAUUCCAUUGGCAUAUGCCAUGGACACCGAGAACGACGUGAUCUUGGCUUAUGAAAUGAACAACGUUCCAUUGCCACCAGAUCACGGUUAUCCAGUGCGGUUGAUGAUCCCCGGUUACGUUGGUGGUCGUUGUGUCAAAUGGCUCCACAGAGUCUGGGUAUCCCAGAAGGAAAAUGAUAGCCAUUAUCAUAUUUGGGACAAUCGGGUUCUGCCUAGCUUCAUACGGGAGAUGGACUCGGAGUUCUCUCACACUAUGUUCAAUCACCCGAGUACGGCUUGCAACGAGCAGAAUCUCAAUUCGAUCAUUGUGAAGCCUGAGCAUGGCGAGAGGAUUCGCUUGUCAGAUGUGGAUAAAAAUGAGACUUACCGGGUUGCUGGCAUAGCAUACGACGGUGGCGGUCAUGAAGUCCAGAGGGUGGAAGUCAGUUUGGAUGGAGGGGGAACCUGGUUGUACUGUAUCCGCAAGUUCCCUGAAUACCCGAUACGUCAUGGAAAGAAGUUUUGGACUUGGCUUCAUUGGUAUGUGGACGUCGGACUGUCGCAUCUUGUUCGAGCAGAGAGCAUCGUCGUCCGUAGCUUCAAUGUCUUUAAGAAUACACAGCCGAAAACACCUUCAUGGAAUAUUAUGGGUAUGAUGAACAAUUCCUGGUAUACUGUUCGCCCAGAGAUCCAGGAUGAUAAUGAAAGUGGCGCCUCUGCGCUUUACUUCCGACAUCCCUGCGAGCCUGGCACGGGAACGGGAGGUUGGAUGAGCCCGUCGUCGGAGAACCGCAUCGAGAACAUCAAGCAUGAAGCGGCAUCACCACAAAAGCAGUUCACUCGUGAGGAGAUCGAAAAGCACAACAAUGGAAGUGAUUGCUGGAUUGUCAUCAAUGGCAAAGUUUACGAUGCGACGAGCGUGCUUGAAUGGCAUCCUGGCGGCAAGGCACCAAUCAUGGCACAUGCGGGUAGGGCCCAUGCCGACACCACAGCGGAAUUUGAGAGCAUCCAUGACGACUACGCGGAGCAAAAAUUGAGCGAAUGCGUUCUCGGAGUCGUCACCGAUAAAACGAUGGGGUAUAUCAAGAAGCAGGCUGAAGAUGCGGCCAUAGAGAGGGCCAACUCCUCAAAGAGGAGCUCGGAAACGGUUUUCAACCGUCAUCGGUGGAAUGUUGUCUGCUUCAAAGAAAAGAAGCAGCUUUCGGAGGACACUCGUCGAUACACAUUCUCGCUACCACCGGCUACCAAGAAGCUCGGCCUCGGCACCUGCCAGCAUCUUCAACUGGGCUUUCAUUUCAGCGAUCGUCUUGUGGUCCGGCCAUACACUCCCACACGACCUGUCUUCGAAAGAGAGGAAGACGGCACAUUCGACCUCAUCGUGAAGACAUAUGCGCCGGAUCAAUCCCAGCCAGGCGGAACAAUGAGCAAUAUCCUCGACUGCCUGCGUCAUCGCGAGGAAAUCGAGGUUAAAGGACCUAUUGGCGAGAUUAAAUAUAUCGGCCAAGGCAGGUUCAUGAUCGAUGAGAAAGAAUACCACUUCCUCAAUGUCAGUCUUGUCCUGGGUGGGUCCGGUAUCACCCCCGGAUACCAGCUUAUCUCUCGAAUAUUGCGUGCCAAAGAUCAAGGCGAGGGGGAGGACAAGACCAAUAUCAAUGUUAUCGACGCGAACAAGACUGAAGGUGACAUAUUGUUGAAGGACGAAUUGGAUAAAUUUGCAAAGGACAACCCUGAUCAAUUCAAUAUUACGCAUGUUCUUUCACACCCGGAUGAUAGUUGGAGUGGAGAAAAAGGCCAUGUGUCGAGGGAGAUUCUACAAAAGUAUGCUUUUGGACCUGAGAAAGGGAAUGUGGCGCUGCUUUGUGGUCCUCCAACUAUGAUUCAGAAGGCAGUGCUUCCGGCGCUUCUGGGAAUUGGGUACAAGGAGGAUGAUAAUUUGUUUGGGUUUUAA